AAUGUGUGUUCUUUGGAAACGCCCCCAAGAAAACUGGUCUGCCAGCUUUGUGGGUCAAAGUGUACGGCUGCCUACAGUAAGCGCUGUACUUGUAACAACGACGGACUUUAUCCAUGAUACCACAUCUUAGACUUCUUCAGCAUCAUUGAUAGUCACAUCGUGUUUCACACGUCAUAAAUGGACGCCUUGUAUGCCAGAGUUUCGGAGGCAAUCGCCGCCAUCCCUAACGAUACCGUGGUACAGCUGUUUGGGGAGCUCCCGACUACUGGAGGGAACGACGCCGGCAAGCCGGCCCGGAGUGCCCUCGUCAGCAAACUGAAAAGCUCCACACCGGGACGCCACACUGAGAUGUUCGGGAGCGGAGACAGGUUUGUUGAUAUUUUCUUCCCCAACCACAGCUCAGCACCUUACGAGGGAGACACCUCCCUCACCGGCCUCGACAACAACUGGUGGUCCGACUUUUCCGUGGCAGCCCUGUGCCAGGCCAUGUACAACCUAACCAAAGACCUGCGCAAGCAGCUGAAAUCGGACGACAUCAACAAUGCCGUGAACAACAAAAACACCGAGCUCAAGACACACUCUAUGCUCUUUUACGCCAAGGUUUUCAGCGACACCUUUAUCAAAACAACAUACCACAUGAUAACAGAUAAAGCAUCAGCGAAGCAGCAUUACGUAUCAGCACUGACAUCGGAUGCCUGGAUAACCGCAAAGAGGGCUAUUGCGGCAGAAGGUAUGUGGACAGACGCAGCGUGGGAGCUGUACCACCACUGGGUAAAACUGCACCUGCUAGGCGCCAGCAACGACGAGAUAGACGGCAUCAUCAAACAGCUGAGCAGCAAGGAGCUGCCAAUCCCACCGGAGGUAGGAGUGGGGAGCUGGACAAGCUACAUGGCCUGGAUGAACCCGGCGGCAAUCACACACCAGGACAUCGAAGGUGAUUCUGCAAACGGAAUCUUGAAGACAGUACCCAUCACUGUCAUCACCCCUGGUCCAUACCCCGCGCCUCCGACAAUGAUGAAGGAAGAGAACUCCUUCGAGUUUACAGCAGAUGGGCAACCAGGGAGAGGGUACCGUACGAGUGGGGGCGGCGGCGGUGGGGGAGGAGGGGGUAACAUAUUCACCAGCUGUUUUUCCCGAGACACGAUCGUUCUCCUGGCAGACGGGACGACGCUUCUUCCCAUCCGCUCCGUCGAGGUGGGCCAAGACGUCUUCACGCUGCAGGGUCCAAGACGAGUCGCCGUCGUCUCCACCCCAAGGAGGAAGGGGCGUCUCUUGUACUCCAUCAACGGUUGCUCCUUCAGUUUUACGGAAACCCAUCCUUUUGUGACGGCAACAGGACACAAGUCUGAAGACGGCCACGGGCUCGCUGCUGUGUCUCCCAGGACGCUGGUUAACCUGGUGCCGACUCUCUCUCGCCUUGGAGUUACCAAGAUGGAGGAAGGAACGACCGUCUUGUCCCUCAAGAACCGAGAGCCACACCCGACUCCGGUCAGUGUGUUAGAGGAGCACCCUGCUACUGCCGAAAAUGCCGAUGACUACAUCUAUGACUUGAUCUUGGAGCCUACCGACGACGACGGUUUCCCACAUUACGUUGUGGGAGACGGUACGUCGAUGUUUCUCGUCGCCUCAGAGGUGCCAAGAAUCGAGAUAGCGCCUUAUCUAGCCACCACGGUACUCAAGGCACUCCAUGUGGCACAUGACAGUCUUCAUGGACGACCGAUACAGCGUAACAACGGGGAGCCUCCGUCCAAAGUCCCGCAUGUCUUCCAGCUGCUGACACCCGCCUUGGCCCUGGUGUCGCCGCUUCAGCAAGCUCAAGAAGUGGUCCAGCAAACUCAAGACCCCGCGCCUUUCCAUCUCGCCGAUGUCCUGAAAGUCUUCGUCCAAGAGAAGACCGCCCCAAACCAAACAUCCUACAGACGUGAGCUGGGUGAGGCUUGUGAACAAAUCGCUACGCACCACGGCGAAGAGAUUGACGCGAUGGUAGAUCUUGGGUGGAGGAAGAUAGGGAAGGAGGAGAAAGACGGUAGCGAACACGUCUUGGCUGUCUCCAUUCUGGACGUAAUCUUCCACGAUGUUCCUAACCAUAGCCCGGGCGAGCGUCUUGCUGUCAACGUCGAAGCUAAGGCCAAAGAAACAUCGAAUGAAGCUUGGUGUGAGGAGUCUGAUUACAAAAACAGCUCCACGUUCGUGCGACACUGCCGAAAAGUCUUCUACUUUCAGGACGUGGAUGUAGACGAUGAGAGUCUUGUUGAAAUUCACUUCCACGUCCAUCACCUGGGAGAAAAACGCCCUCUGCCCUACACCGCCCGCGCGCUAGUCCCCGGAGCGCUGGAGCACAACUACCGCAUGUUUGAAGCCUUAUUGCGGGAGGAAGAUGAGCACGAGGUCGGGCUGGUCAGUUUUGACGUCCGGCUGCUGAGCCUGAAAGCGAUGCAGGAGGAACAGAAGCGUUCCAAGACGUGGAACGACGACGACAGGCGGGCUUUUGCACUGGAGUUGGGGCAGCGGUACGGGGAGCUGUUGAAGUUGUACUUGGAUAACUCAGGUUGAAGGCAUUUUGGAAAGAUAUCACAGGAGGCAAGGAUCUUGGCCAUUGGACACAGAAACAUUGGACACGCUAUGGCUAUCAUUUUUAACUGCAGGGGUCGGUUUAGUGUCAGAUGUUGAAAAGGAAUAGGUCAAGAAGGGGUUAACGGGUCGUCAUGAUUUUUGGCAUAUAAAUAGCUUAAGUGGUGGUUUUCAUUAAUUAUGCAAUUCGGAAUCUUAUUUGCAUAAUCAAUAAAGAAAUUCUAUAAACCCAUUGUUAGAUUUUAGGACUAUUCCAACUGAGAAAGAGAAGACAAUUGAUAGAUUAACAUUAAUGCAAAUGAAUUUUAUUUGGGCCAAGAAGAUGAUUAACUAACAUAAUCUAUGCAGAUGAGAACCUUGUGAAAAAGGCACAUAAUACAUCAGUUGAAAAGGUUAAAAUCAUUCUGCAAAGGCAUGGGGUUGUGGGACUCUAGUUAUAUAUGAUUAGAGAGAGAGAGAGAGAGAGAGAGAGAGAAAGAGAGAGAGAGAGAGAAAGAGAAAAUCUCACAUCAUAAUAUAUCUAAUUUUUCACCUUUGUAUGCUGACUUUGGCAUUAAGAGAAGAACGAAUGAAUUGAACCUAUUAGGCAAUCAUACCUUUAUAUCACAUACCAUUCUGUCUUGGUUUAAAAAAGGAACAAAAACAAGAACACAGAAUUAAUUGUGACAUCCCCGAAAAGCACAUUUAUUAUUUUCUUUCUGUGACCCGUAAACAUUGCAUAACUUAGUUUCUUGAGUGGUACAUGUACAAAAGGACAUAACUUAAAGUUGAGAAGACUUUCAGAAUAAAUAAAUAUGAGAUAAAGACUUAAGGCUUGUUGUACAUAUUGCACAGUGAUAUACAAAAAAUACAGAGUUUGUGUGAUGUACCUGCUUGCUAUAAUAUUACUUUGUUGAUUCUACAAUUACUUUGCUGAUAAGGUAACCCUGACAUACAUGUAGAUAGUAGCUAUCUGAAAAAAAACCUAUUGUGAUCUUCAAUGUCCGUCAUCAUCAAAUAGUUUCAUAGAAUUAAUUGAUGAUCAACAUCUUAAUGUAAUUGACUUCCAACAUUUUAAUAUAUCACAGAGGCCUGUCUUUGUUUUUUGUCCAAUAGAUGAAACACAUCUUUUGGAGAGAACAAAACAACCCAAAACAACAUUGCUGUUCAUCAUUGCACACAAUGGUUUAUGUAUCUCUGAAUGCUACGUUCACAUCUGCAUCAUGGCAGUGCCUGCAUAUAGUGGCUGAAGCCCUGGCCAGGCUCUGAAGCCACGAAUUUGUUCCAAUGGCCAGAGAUCACAGGGCUACCUUACUGUGUUUUCAUGAUUAGGUCACGGCGUUAAAAAAAUCUAGGGGCCUUACCCUAAAAUAGGCUGCCGCAGAGUGUCCUAUGGGGCCAUGUAGGGGUCAUGGCCAAAAGUGCACAAAAACAGCCUAUAAAUUACUCUGUGUGAAGGGCCCUCUUUUCCAAAUGGGACCAUAGCAUAACCAAAACCUACCUAUAGAGUGACAUUAACUAAAUAUACAACCAAUCUUUGAAAUGUUAAAGGUAUCAUACAAAAUUACAAGACAUUCAUUCUGAAUAAGCCCAUAUAUCAUUUCACAAAUCAGAAAAUCAGAAAAAUAUCCAACAGGUAGUUUGACAGCUUGUUACAACUGGAAGCCCCCAAAACAUACUUUCCUUGUCUGUUGACAAUUACAGGAUGACAUAAAUUCUGAAUAUACAACAUGUAGGAUACAGAUAAACUAUUGCAACAUUCAGUUACAACCACUUUGUUGUAUUUCAUUUCACCAAAAAAUGAUUCUUUUGAAACAUACAUUGCACAAUAAAUAGUUUGAGCUAUAAAAUCAUUAAAGAAAUUUCCUUCUCUGCAUAUUGAGACUAGCUCAGUAAAAUUGCACUUAAAAAAACAAAUGCACAAACAAAUGUCACAUUAAAUAUAUAACAUUCAUAAACAUUUAUAGAAUUAAUCCUUCACAAAAUAUCAGCACAUGCAACAUUUUUCAUUUUAACGUCUUUUUUGUCGAUCAAUGAGUGCUAUUUUCAUCUAGAGGUAGAUCAGGGUAUAAUCAUUUCAACUGCAGAGCAAUAAGUAGAAUAGAAAGGCUUUUGAUAUCAGAUUUUUGGAAAUGUUUUUUAAUUCUUUCCCGGGAAGUUAAUUUGGCAGUAGAAGGAAAGUUUGUGAUCGGAACAAUAGCAGUAAUUGAUUGGAAACAUUUAUGUUUGGUGUCAUGAAAAUAC